AUGGGCUCUCAUCUUCGUCAGGUCAUCACUCAAGCUUUCAUGGCAUUCCAUACAUAUCCUGACCAAGCAAUAAUUUAUCACUCCCUUAUUAUUGGGGUGUACUUUUCAUUGUUUGAGUUUAAGCAUCCAGAAGAGCUGGAACAACUCCCUAGAGGUGCAGGAGAUUUGAAACCAAUACCAUUCAGACUCCUUGACCAGUCUGCAGUGCUCUCACUCAUCCCUCGUGGCUGCAUCAGGGUGCUUAUCUUCUCCCAACCCACCCUUAAUCAUGAUGGCACAAACAUUUUUGGAAUAUCACCCGCUUUCCUCAGGUGCCUUCAGACAUGUCUUCCAUCUGGUGUGGGUCUGGCUCCAUUAGGUGGUGUUGUCACUGCAUUAACUUCAGAACUUGGAGCCCUAGAGGGAGAAAACGAGUUGGACAACUUUUACCAAUCCUACAGCUCUAGUGAGAUGGAUUUAUCCCAGUCAGAGGUAGACUCUGAGGCUGGGGACCCAUCAUAUACACCGAGUGAUCCAUGA